AUGGGUUGCAUCGCUAGUCAAUAAAAGAAUGUCUCUCAAGUAAAAACAGUUAAAUCUUAGGCUUAAUUAGAAUAUGAAUUGAAUAAUUGCUACGACCACUUCAAUACCAUUUCAAUCACACUUCAAAAGAGCCAAAAAUAUAUUUUCAAGAGUGUAGGAAAGGAACUAAACUCUAAAGAAUACUACUUAAUAUACUAAAAGCUCGAAAACUAGCCUAAUUAAGAGAAAACUAUCGAAUCCUUUGAUAUAUUUUUCAGAGCGGUUGAAUAAGGUCUCUAACUUCUCCCUAUGCUUUUAAAAUAGAGCCAAAAGCUUGAAGCUAGUCUUUCAGACAGAAAAAAUGAAAUCUCAGAAUUCAAGCAAUCUCUUAUUACACACAUUGAAUUCUGCAAAAAUAUUGUACUCCCUUCUCACAUGAAUUCCUAAAGCACUGAACAUUGA